GGCGGAGGCGGCUUGACAGCUGCUGGGAGCCGCGUGUGACGUGUCCACGCCUACGCGUCACCUCACAGGUGAGCUCGCUUAAAAGUUAAUGAGCGUCACGCGCUGUCAAACGAGAGAACGCGGGUAACGCUGCGAAGGUGGUCGCGAUCCGUCGACUUCAUCAGGAGAGGAAAGAAGUUGUGAAAUGAAUUAUGAGUGACUCAGAGCAGCAACACGAUGUGGUGCAGGUGUGCGAGCCGCAGUGGCCUGAGAAUGGAGAGGACUGGAGUGAUGGAGAAGGUGGGACGGAUAUGGACUCGGGGCUUCUGCAGGCCAUGGCCGAGGAAGAUGAGGAGAUAAACGUCCACAACGAGGAGACGUUUGGGAUGGAUUUGGAUGCAAACGGGACCACAGAAGAGUCCAGCAGCAGCCUUCAGUUUGGAGAGGCUCCGCCUUCGCCGCCACCGCCGCCACCUGCAACACCCCCUCCCCCACAGCCCAAACCUCGGUCUCCCCGCAGAGCCCCGUCGCCUCCCCGACAGAAGCUGCAGUAUUUUCCGUGGGCUUCCUCGAGGCAGCGCGGCAGAAGUAGGGGACAGAGAGCAGCUCUGGGCAGGGGGCAGAUGUUUGAAGACCCAGCUGUGAUGAGAAUAAUCGAGGGCCGACCGAGCCUUAAGAGUCUUGACAGUGCCAUAGUGGACUGCGGGACCACCAUGUACCAGCGUCCCUUUGAGGAUGAUAUGAUGAUGUCCUCUUACAGAAAAACCAGAAGAACCUCAGGAUCCAUACUUGAGGACAGUGCUAUAGUGUGUGUAAUUGGGCACAGAGGUAGAGGUCAGACUCUGAACUCCAACUUUGUUGACUUGCCGUACUCCGCCGGGCCCCUUUAUGGGGCCAGGCGAGGGGAAUCCAGAGGAUUGUACUCCAGAAGACAGUUUGGCCAUCGAGGACCCACUCAGGUGUACCCACCCAUAGUACCAAGAUCCCCCCUCUUCCCACGUCAGCCACUGACCCCACGCCAGCAUUACAAUCAGCAGACCAGGGCAUUCAUGUUUCCUCCAACCCACCCCUGCCCCUCGACGCCUCAGACUCCCAAAAUGAUGCAACUUCGCUUCGGAGCCAACUCACCAAGGCCAUCCCCUUUUUACAGCCCCUCUAAUCCAGUACAGCCUUUCAGUAGGUACCCUGGUCCAGCCACGCAGCUCCAUCCCCAACACAAACGACUGCUUAGUCAAAAACAGCGGCUAUUCCAAAGAAAGCCAGAGGGCUGGGAUCCGUACUGUAACAUUAUGACGGCCAAAGAAAAGGAGUGGAUCACCCGGCUGCAGAUGAUCCAGCUGCAAAGUGAGAAUCCUUACCUUGAAGACUACUACUAUCAGGAGUACUAUCGUCGAAUAGAAUCAAAGAUGGCCGAAGAGGAGUUGGGCAUCAGGAGCAAGAGGGAGCCACCUAAGCUCACCACGCCUUACAUCAAAAAAACAGACUCCUACACACCGGUGGUGCACAUUGAAGGCUCUUUGGGUCAAGUUGCAGUUUCCACGUGUUACUCUCCUCGCCGAGCCAUCAGUGCUGUUCAUGCAGUCCAGCCUCAGGGUCUGCUUGAGGAUCAGAAAGACACCAGACUACAGCGAUUAGACAUCCUUAACAAAAUAGAAAAGUUGUUCAUGGUUCUGUUAGAGGUGGAGGAAACUGAGAGGAUGAAAACUCCAUUGUUGUCCGAAGCAGAAGAAAGGAGGUUGGUGGAGAAGAUUCAGAGGAAAGUGGAGCACAUCUACUCCCAGCUGCAGCACCACAAUCCCCUGGACUCGGAAGGGGACUUCAUUCCUUUUCUGCUCGUCUCCAAAGGCAAAAAGCUCGUCGCCCGUCUGCUGCCGUUCUUGAAACACGAUUCUGCACUAAAAAUCUUGCGUGUUGUCACCACCAACCUACCAACACUGAUGAGCAGAGACGCAGACGAGACCCUUCCUGUGCUUUACCCACCUCUUCGAAAUGUGAUCGGUGGGCUGGCGUUCAGUCAGCUCAUUGGCGUCCUCAAAGAUCUGACCUCUUUGGAGUCUCUAACGACAUACGAGUGUCUUGAGCUGGCAUGUCAGAACAAGUUCGGCCUGUCCUUGCUGUACGCUCUGCUCUCCCAAGGAGAGAAGCUGCUGUCCUCGGGUGUUCCUCUAGAGCCCAGCAUCGGGGACUUUGAGACCUGGACUGACAUCAUAUUCCAGGUGGCAGGACAACUAUCCCAGUGUUCGCUGGUGGAGCCGCUCCUUCUGCCCUCAAACCUGCUCACUCUCUUCUGCCGUUACCUGGACAAGCGUACGGUGCAUCAGCUGAAAAGCAACAUGGAGUCUGUUACUGGAUGCCUGGCUCUUCCAUCUUAAGGUGGACAGCGGUGGCUGGUGUUCUAUUGAUGACCAGGAUGCUGUGAGCACUAGAGUGAAAGGAGGCGAGGCACAAACCCCCCUCGGUGCUCAUUGAAACGGACGCUAUAUAUGUGUAUAUUUAAUCUCCUUUGACCUUUUUGAUUCUUAUUCCCUCCCCUCACCCGUUCCCUCACAUUCUUUUUGCACUUGAACGGUUUCCCUGUUUUGUUUUGUUUUCCUUUUAUCUGAUCAUCUGACUUUCCUCACUGGUUUCCAGUAGGUUACAUCAGCGUUACAAUGAAAUCCGAACCCUCCCAUUUUCCCGAUUUAGACCUUAAACCUCUACAUUUAGAUUCAGUCACUUCUAAAUGUGCUGUUUCACACUUGGUGACCAGGGUGUGGAUUGUAUAGUAGUGUAUGAUUGUACAGCUGAACCAAUAUGUUGACCAUUUGAAAACCAUUUAAGGACGUUGUCGUGGCCCAUCAAUGUGCCGUGCAGUUUGGGGUUUUGUUGAAGGGCUUGCAUUGUUUAUACUAGUAAUGAAUGUAAUAGGAUACAUUUGUAAAUUUCUAUCUGAAGGUUUAUGUUAUGAAGAGGGAUUUUAUUUAUUCAUUUGGAAACAGGAAUAAUUUAAACUGCACCUUUGUACAGCACUUGCAAUAUAAAUAAAAAAACUUUGAAAUUG